CCGGAAGUUGUUUUCCCUCUCUCAGAUGGCAAGUUCCGGUUUGGGAAAUUUGAACUCUGUUACGCAGUCGCGCAGAGAGCUGGUGAUUUAAAGUGCUGCUUUUCACGCUGUAUAGCACGUACAGUUUUAUGAGGCUUUGCAUCUGUGGCAUCAGGAGAGUGAAGUUGCUUAGUUUUCCAAACGUUCGUGUGGUUAUGGAUCCCGGCACUGUAUCGUUGUUUCAGAGAGUCUCCGAAAAGCUGGGCUGGGACAGAGAUGGUGGUCUCGAUGAAGCUGAAGAGAAGCUGCGGAGGAGCUUGAAGAAGAACAGACGUCCAGCUCUGGGCAGUUUUGAGCCCAGCACAGAUCCAGCGCACAGACAGCUGCUGUCUGACACCGACGGCUCGGGGAAAGAGAACCGGUCUAAAGAAAAGCACGUACUGUCGACCUCAGAUGAUGAGGACUUUGAUCGAUUUCUUGCUGCAAAGGCUACACCCAAAUCUACAAUCAAGUCUGCAGCAUCAGCUCCCCAGAAACUAAGAGAACCGAUUCCAGUUCUGUCUUCAGACAGCGAUGAUGAAUUUGAAACAUUUUUAAAUAGAGUAAAAACUCCAAAGGCUAAAGUCCAGUCGCAUUCUGUGGUCAGCAGUGAUGACAGUUUGAAACGCUUCAUAGUGGACAGCAUGUCAUCUGAUGAUGAUUUUGUCAUUGAGAGGAAGCCUUCCGUUCAUAAAGGGAAAGCCAAGGCUGCUAGAAGUCCUAAAGCAGCCCAGAAGACAGAGAAGCGGCCCCCAUCUCUCUGUGAUUCUCCUGUUUUCUUGAGCGACACUGAUGAUGAAAGUGACGUCGUUAUCCAAAGCACCUGGAGGUCCAGACACAGCCGCCCAGCGUCUGAGGAACAUCACGUCACGAGUGCAGGCAGACGGGAGCCCGCAAAGCCCUGUGCUGUCCCCCCGGCAGUCACCGUGACGACGCAGACCGGUCCUGAGGACACGUGCAGCUCUGAGGAGGAGUUCCAGUCCUUACUGGACCGGGUCAGGCAAAAUCAGAGCAUAGGAGGCAGAACGCAGGCGCAGCCCGAGGCCACCUCCAGGUACAGCCCACACGAAUCCAAACAUCGACCUCCUUGUCUGUCCACACCAUCUGCCGUGGGUAAGAAAAAUACUAUCCAAGCACCGGUUAAAGGAUCAUCCACAUCCCACACCCCAGUGCAGCAGACGCCCAGCAGCAGAGCAGUGAGCCACACCGAGCCCAGAGCUCCACCCAGCAGCAGGGUGGUGGUGGUGGUGUGUAAAACUCCAGGCUGCUUUCUGCAGUGUCUGUCUGUACCUGGAUCGCCGUACUGCCGCAGCUUCAAACAGAACAAAGAGGAGCUCACCAACAAACUCUACCAGCUCUACAACACCAGUGUGUUUGACAGUAAGCUUCCCACCGACAUGUCUGUCACAUGGAACAAGAAGAUGCGCAAGACGGCAGGAUAUUGCAUCUCGGGCCAGGAGCGUGGCACUGGGAAACGAUACGCCCGCAUUGAGCUGUCCGUCAAAGUGUGUGACUCUGCAGAUCGGUUACGAGAUACGUUAGUCCAUGAAAUGUGUCACGCUGCCACAUGGCUAAUAAACAACGUUCGUGACGGGCACGGGCCGUUCUGGAGGCUCUAUGCCCGUAAAGCCAUGUUGGCUCAUCCUGAGCUGCCGAUGGUUUCCCGCUGCCACAGUUACGACAUCAACUACAAGUUCCAGUAUCAGUGUAACCGCUGCAAGAACACGAUCGGCCGGCACUCCAAAUCUCUGGACACCACAAAGUUUGUGUGCGCUCUUUGCACCGGGCGGCUGGUUUUGUUGACUCCCUCCAAGCCGCGGGCGCCCACACCCUUCGCCGCCUUCGUGAAGGAGAACUACGGCUCGGCGAGACAGGAACUGGCGGGUCAGAGUCACGCCGAGGUCAUGCGCAAACUCAGCGCCGACUUCGCCAGUAAAACACGUCUCAGUCAGAGCUGAUCUCACGAGUCCCAAAUACCUCAAACCAUCCCGACUGCCGCAUUACUCUCAGCUUUGUUCUUCUGUUAUACUGUGAAGUGGUUUUAUUUAUGGUUAAAGGCCAUAAAUCCCUAUGAUAUGAUAUACGAGCCAUUUUCAUGUUUGUGUACUUCUUGCAGGGAUAUAUGUGUUCUUUUUUUAUAUUUGUGAUUGUCGUGCCGGUUAUGUGUUUUACUUGUUUUUUUUCCCUUUAGAAUAAACAACUGGGUUAUUACGUUCUUUUUUUUUUCUUUCAUCUUUAUUCGGUGCAUGUUACUGAA